AUAAAAUCCAUUCGUAAGGACAAAAUUAAGGAUGAACAAGAUAUGGUUCACAUCAGACGGGAGAUUGAGAUCAUGUCAUCCCUCAGCCACCCUCAUAUCAUCACCAUCUAUGAAGUGUUUGAAAAUAAAGAUAAGAUUGUGAUCAUCAUGGAGUAUGCAAGUAAAGGAGAGUUGUAUGAUUACAUCAGUGAGAGGCGUCGACUAAGUGAAAGAGAGACAAGACACUUCUUUCGACAAAUAGUCUCAGCUGUACAUUACUGCCACAAGAAUGGCGUUGUCCACAGGGACCUAAAACUGGAAAACAUCCUUCUUGAUGACAAUUUUAAUAUUAAGAUUGCCGAUUUUGGACUCUCCAAUCUUUAUCACAAAGACAAGUUUCUGCAGACCUUUUGUGGAAGCCCACUGUAUGCUUCCCCUGAAAUAGUUAAUGGACGACCUUACAGAGGCCCAGAGGUUGACAGCUGGGCCCUUGGUGUAUUGCUUUACACUCUGGUUUAUGGAACGAUGCCCUUUGAUGGCUUUGAUCACAAAAAUCUCAUCAGGCAGAUCAGCAGUGGAGAAUAUCGUGAGCCAACACAGACCUCAGAUGCUCGUGGUCUUAUCAGAUGGAUGCUUAUGGUGAACCCUGAACGCCGAGCAACCAUUGAAGAUAUUGCCAAUCACUGGUGGGUUAACUGGGGCUACAAGAGUAGUGUUUGUGACUGCGAUGCUGUGAGGGACUCUGAGUCCCCGUUGCUGGCAAGAUUCAUUGACUGGCAUCACCGUUCUACUGGCCUUCAACCAGAGACUGAAAACAAAAUAAAGUGCCUUUCUAAGCCCAAGGGUCCUGAGGUCACACUAGAGAGACAAAGGUCUCUGAAAAAAUCAAAAAAGGAAAAUGAUAUUGCACAGUCCAUCCAGGAAGGAGGAGCUGAAAAUGCAUCCAAACCCACCUCCAAGAGACCCAAAGGCAUCCUGAAGAAAAGGAGCAACAGCGAACAUCGUUCUCACAGUGCUGGUUUCAUUGAAGGAGUGGUCAGUCCAGUGCUACCUUCUGCUUUUAAGCUGGAGCAAGAGUUGUGUAGGACUGGUGUAGCCAUUAAAAGUGUUGUGGAGGGAGAGGUAGGGGGAAAAUAUGGCACUAAGCAGUCUUCACUAAUGCCAAAAAAAGGAAUCUUAAAGAAGACUCAGCAGAGGGAGUCUGGCUAUUACUCCUCUCCAGAACGAAGUGAAUCUUCCGAACUCUUGGACAAUAAUGAUGAGACAGUAAACAGUGAUGCUUCUCCAGGGGUCCCAGAGCCAUCCAGAAAUGGGUCUUACAGCCAUUCCUGCAGGCGUAAGGGCAUCUUGAAACAUAACAGCAAAUAUUCUACCAGCAGCACUGAAUCAGCUCUGAUUAGCCCUGACACACCAACACUGGAGGCCAUGGAAGAAGCCAUCCUGCCCGGGGACGCAUUACCUCGAAGUUACAGUCGCCCUUCCAGCGUGAUUAGUGAUGACAGUAUUUUGUCCAGUGACUCUUUUGAUUUACUGGAUUUGCAAGAGAACAGGCCAAACAGGCAGAGGAUACGGAGCUGUGUCUCUGCUGAGAAUUUCCUUCAGAUUCAAGACUUUGAAGGACUUCAGAACCGCCCACGACCACAGUAUCUGAAACGCUAUCGCAACCGUCUCGGGGACAGCAGUUUUUCCCUUCUCACAGACAUGGAUGAUGUGACUCAGGUCUACAAGAAAGCCCUAGAGAUCUGCAACAAGCUCAAUUAG